UUGAGACUGUCUCACGUUACAGAAUCGCACGGAUAGAAUAGUUUAUAUUUUGGAGAUUAUAAUGUUAAUCGAUACUUAUCGAAUACUGCAAUCACCAAAAACCGGCAAGCAGUUAAAUAAACGAAUAACUACGUAAAUUGGAUAUUUUUAUGCAUCUAGAGAGCAGUAGAACAAGCAUAAAAGAAGGCUAUUGUAUAUAGUAAGAGAAUGGAAGUAUAAGGAAUGUCGUGAAAACUACUUUUUGGAUGAGCUACAUAAAAAAUAGUCUUAUAAAAAUGGCCGCUUUCCAGUUUACCUCGAUUAAUCUGCAAAUGGCACAAGAUUAUUUUUCCAAUUUAAAUCCAUUAGCUCAGCGUGUUGCGUCUGAUAUAAACAUAACAAAAUCUUCAUAUGGCAUGCUUUGGUAUACUUUGAAAGAAAAUCAACAAAACGAGAUCAUAAACCAAACUCUGAUAAAUCCUGAAAUUUCGCUGAAGUAUUUGGAAAAUCUGUCUCUGUCCGCUUCAUCGUUAUCAUCAAGUCCAUCUUCGUCAAGCUCAUCUUCAGCCAGUUUAAGUACUACAAGUGCUGAACAUAUUUUGCCGUCGUCUUCAAAGGAUAGAGGACAAAAUUAUUCUCCCAAUGUCAAUAAUAGUAAUACAUCGCAUUCGUUAACUGAAAAUUUUGUACAGACUCAAAAUUUAUUGUCAAAAACCUUCGUAGCACGCCCUAUGCACACUGUACAUUCACAUCAAAUUGGUAAAUUAAAACCUCCUUCGUCCCCACCGCCACCUCCACCCACUACAUCCAAAAAAUUGAAAAGAAUUGAAAAUACUGAAAAACAGAAAAAUGAUUUGAGAUCGCUUCAAACGGUACGUAAUGGACCGGCAAAUGGUAGAAACGAGAAAAGAGAUUAUAUUUAUGAUGGAAUCAACUUACAUACAUAUAUCGCACAGAAAGUGGCACUAAAAAUUAUAUAUGAUGAUGUAUUAAGGGCAUAUCCCGAUGAACAUUCGCAACCUUUCAGUUAUCGCACAAAAUCGCAAAUAGAUCUACAACAGCAGUAUUAUGAAGCUGAUUUGAAUGAUAUAAAUUUGAACACUAACUUUGAUUAUAAAUGCCUUACUUCAAACGAGUCGUGCAAUAUAAAUUUGGUUAAAAAUGUAGAUUUAACUAAAAAUUAUGAUUGCUUACAAAAGGAGUUAAAGAGUACAUUGAGCAACCAUUUGAAGCCAUCUAGAAAAAAUAAGCGCCUAUUACCUAUAUCGCAAGAAGUGUCCAAUAUUCUACCUGCUAAAGCAAAUCAAGUGCUUUCUUCGCCACUUUUGAAUAAGUCUAAAAUUGAAUCGAGCAGAUGUUUGAAAGAAAAUGUUGUAAAGCAUACAUCCGAGGGCUCAUUCUUACUCGACUUUAAACCGAAACAAUCAAAUUUGAAUUAUGCCGUAUACACAGAUGUCUAUAUUGAAAAAGGUGAAUCAGCUACACUAAUGUACAAUUGCAGCAACAGCGGAAUUCUGACGGAAUCCUCGAACUCGUUAACAACUACAUCCGAUGACGACGAACAAAGUAAUCACGAAUAUAUUAACGAAAAUGAUGAUGAAAAGACGUUGUGCCGGCUUUUAGAGAACGAUCUAAAUUUACGUAGGGGAUUCGAUUUUCUGAAUAAUUGGUAAAAAAAAUUUGUAUACUUUUCAUAAAAAUAAGGGAAUCAUUAUAAUUAUUAUGUAAGUGGAAAUGAUAUCAUAUACAUCACUCAAUUUAACUCCUUGGUCUGCAAAUUAUAAAAAACAGUGUUUACAGAAAAAGUUCCAGUUUUUGCUUCUACGUAAAAAGAUUUCUUGCAGUUGCAACUUUUCUUAAGAAAUUGUUGGUAUAUUUAUGUGCACAAGGUCAAUAUGCAACUACGUCUGAAUAAACAGUUCCAACAUUUUUAUAUUAAUUCAGUGAAAGGAAAAAAUGAUUUGAUAAUUAUUUGCAUGUUGUUGUUGUUCUAACGGUUAUUCAAUCCCCGUUAGGAUGGAUUUAUCUAGGUUGACGUCGACGUCAUAUAACGGGAGGCCCAUAAAACGUGUUGUUUCGACGAGGUCGGGGACGUGGAGGGGCAUGUAAAGAGGUGGCCAGUGUCACGCGAAGACUCCUCGCACUCAGGACAUAUGUUGGAUAUGUCGGUGUCUAUUCUGGAAGAGUAGGAGUUUAACCUGCCAUAAUAUCCAGAACGAAAUAAUUAUUUGCAACGAUAUUGAUAGUGAUAAAAGUUUGUCAUUAGUAAUAAAAAAAUUAGACAUACAUAUAUAUUUAUUUACGUUCUCCUCAAUAAACACUACUUAUAAACUUUCAUUACCAUUAAA